UUGGCUAUGCAAUUAAAUAUUUAAACUGAUCUUGGACCCGUUUAAUAAAAAAUGUACUUUUAGUUCAAAUAACAUGCACUGUUACUAGUUAUUAACCAAUAAAAAAAUCUUCAGUAUGACUUUUAAAUAAUUAUUAUAAAAGUCAACAAACUUAAUUGCUAUACAUAACAAUGGUCAGUGAUUUGAUGGCAAUAUAAAAAUCUCCGCACUGUCAAUACUGUGUUGAUAUUGAUUCUCAGUCAUGUAUAGCUUGCUUGAUAUGUCAAGUGUUGAUUAUGAAAUUAAAAUAUUUAAACUGAUCUUCGGCAUACUUUGUGAAAAAUGUACUUCUGAUUUUGAUUUUACUGGCUAUUCUUCUAGUUAAGCUUUCAGCUUUGAUGACUUUUGUUAGGCUUGAUGAGUUCAUUGGUAAUAUUAUUAUGGUAUUGCUGUUGACCACAAUAUACAUAGAACUCAUCUUUUCAUUCACACACUCUAAUCAGCAUCCUCGAAGAGAGGACCUGCGCCGUAUACAGUUUAUCAGUAAACAUUGUCACACAUUGUGCUUCAUCUGUUAACGGUGACACAUAUAUCAGGUUGCAUUUCAAUUUUGGCACAUAUAAGACAUUUUGAGGUUCAAAUCCUUCAUCAAGUUGUAUUAUACAUUCUUUAUUUGCCAACACUAUUUUUCCAUCGGGGCAAUACCACUGGACAAUCUUGUAUAACUUUUGAGACAAGUUAUCCAAUCUCCUGUUGUACAAUUAGAUGUACCACUAUCUACCUUCCAUCAACCACAAGCUUUUGUACCAGUCAUUUUCUUAGUCUUGCUUGUAUCAUGUGAUUUUACCAUGGUCAUCAAACGUUUGCCAUUGCUCCAUGCUCUAUCCGGGUGUCUCAUGUGUCCCUUCUUUCAUGCGGGGGUAUUGCAGCUUCCUCCAAAAACUUGAGUCAAAUUAAGGUGUGCUACACUUUAUUUACCUUUUGUCCAGUUGUUCUUGUCUUGGUACAUUGCUUCCUGCUAUAGUUCAUGGGCAAUCACCCCACCAAUCUGGAUAUCCAAUAAUUUUAGAACACCCAUUUGCAUCAUGUCUUGUUUUCCACAGUGAGAACACACCAGUGUAUUAUCUUUUUCCUCUCUUCGGCCCUUGCUUUUAGAUCCGCUUGCACUGCAAGACCCACGAUCCAUUCCCUUUUUCUCCUUGAAUCUUGUUAUGGUUUUCGUUCUCUCCUCUGAACAAUAAUUACAUGGUUCAAUUCAAGAAGGCAAGGGAUCUGUUGGCAACACACUUGACCACACUGAUCCAUAGCUGGCAUCAUCAAGCCCCAUCAUCAGGAACUGAUGGACCUUCUCCUACUCUCUUUUUCGAGUUUGGACACCACACCACAUUUGCAUCCACUACACGUGCACUGCAGGAUUUUCUCAUAAUUGACCAAUUAUCCCACAAUGUUUCCAGUUCGCCACAGUGGGCUACCAUGCUCGAUCCCCAUUGUUUGCAAUCUGCCAAUUCCGCCUUAAAGGACAUGAUCAUGGAUUGGACUGGCCACAAUCUUCAUUCUCAGGUGCAUCCUUUUCAGUUCUUUGUAGGUUCCAUCUAUGAAACCCCACUUCGUUCAAGCACGUAAAGAUAUAUUACCAAAUAUUUCCCAUCCAUUUUGUUAAUCAUUGUCGUGAUAACAAAUAAAUGAUUGAUUGAAAGUUUGAAGCUUAUCGCUUCUUUUUAACUUUAAAUUUGAAUAUCUUUCUUGAAAUGUCAAGACCUCUUGCAUGUGCAGCAUGAAGGCAACAUUCUGAUAAUCUAACAUAUC